CUACGCAAUGGUUUCUACUGCCGUGCCGGUUGGUGGAAGUGCCCGUAUAAAACACGCAGAGUUUGACUGCUGACGUUUACAUUGGAUCGGCCAACCGGCGUUCACUUCGCUGCUGUCAACGGGGAUCCUUCCACUUCCCGCAACAAGACAAGAACUCGGCCCAUACCCAGAACUUUUCUGUUUUGGUUGGCAUCAACUCUGCAUAUUUUUGUCUGGCAUCAGACCCCUCUUCGCGCCGAACCGCUACCGGCAUCUAAACACAAGUCACUACAAUCACCGCGACCACGUGAAGCUUUCGUUUGACAGUCUUUAUACCCGGGUGAGUCAUUUCGUGUGUUGUUCUGGAGUCAAAAGCCGAACCGGCUUUACUUUUUGGUCACUUGUGAUUGUGAACUCGACCGGCGAGACACACGGAAUCUUAGUGCCUGGGCCAUCGGCAUUCCACCGCACCGCUCCCGCGAACUCGCCCUUGCCACACGGCUGUCUAGCUGUGAACGGGGAUUAAUAUCAUUCUGCAUUAAUUCCACCAUCACUCAGCUGAAGACUUCCUAGAUCGUCGUCGUCUGCCCACUUCUACUGACUGAAGUGCCAAUACAGCGCGGGGGUAUAAGUUACUGUGUGUUAGCUAGCUGCCAGAUUGAAUUCUCCCGGCAAGAUGUUGCUAACUUCGGUCUCCGUUUUUAUGCUUCUCGUCUCUGGCGUAUUUAGUCAAAGACAACAAAUCCUUGGCAGGCGGCCAGGACUUCCCAACCAAUCGAGACCAGUCGUUGGAGGCGGAGGAAGGGCGGGGCUGUGCAAGUUCGGCCGGAGCCAGUUCGGCUGCUGCUACGGCUGGAAAAGAGACAACUUCGGCGGUUGCUCGCCGAUUUGUCAAGACAAGUGCGUACAUGGUACAUGCGUGGGACCCAACCGGUGUAAAUGCGACAGUGGCUUCACUGGAACCUCAUGCGAAAGAGACUUGAACGAGUGCAGCACGCGGCCAUGCUCCCACCGGUGCAUGAACACACCCGGUAGCUUCCGCUGCUACUGCGAGCACGGCUAUCUUCUGCUGGAAGACGGUACCUCUUGCAGCCGUGACGAUCGUUGUUCUGCAACCAGAUGCGCAUUCGGCUGCAUCCAGUACCAGGAUGGUUUCACAUGCUUCUGCCCAGAUGGUCUUGCCCUCCUGCCGAAUGGCCUCGGAUGCACAGAUGUUGACGAGUGCGCGUUGGGCACUGCUAAUUGCCCACAGGACAGGCGAUGCAAAAACACCUACGGUAACUACAUGUGUCUGUGUCCAGUCGGUUACAAGUUUGCCUACGUCAACGGGGAGCUGGAUUGCGUGGAUGAGAACGAAUGUGACAACAAUCGCUGUGACCCUAACGCUUACUGCAUCAAUGUUAUUGGGGGAUUCCAGUGCAAGUGCAAUGACGGCUUUCAGGGUGACGGAAACAAAUGCGUUCGAAUUGAUACCACGACUUGCUUGGACAAACCUUGCUUCCAAGAUGUGGAGUGUACCGACGUACCCGUCAGUGCUGAACUACCAGCAGAGGGCGUCACCUCUAUCAAGCAGUAUCAGUGCGGGCCGUGCCCACCGACGUUUGUUGGGGACGGUGAAUCUUGCAAUCCCUCAACCAUUCCCGUCAUGAUUGUGGUCGUCGACAAGGGUGAGGGUGACCUUCCGCUCAGUGAGGUCAGCGUCAAGGCCCAGGUGGAGCGCGGCGACGGACAGACCGAGAUCGUAGCGGAGGCCACGACGGAUCUGAACGGUCUCGCGACGUUGCAGGUCCCCUCCAACAUCACCCUGCAGCUAGUAGCUACCAAAGACAGAUUUGUGGACAGUAUUAAGUCCUACUUUGUUCAACCAGAAGGAGGGAACGUUGUCCCGAUUCCCAUGAAGAGCUUCGAUGAGUACACAACUUUCCUCUACAAUAAGGACACCUCCAAGGCCUUUGAGUUUGGCAACAUCGACGAGGACAAAUCUGGCUUCCGACUGAGUUUACCUGAGGGAGCCCUGAGAGCACGUGACCAAACCAGGGUGGAAGUCAACUACAAAGGAGUAGACGUCUCUAGCCCCGACGCCCUGGCAGCAUUGCCGGACCUCGGCAAAGUCGAAGGAGAGCCGGGCCAGCGCUUGAUCCCUCUAGGGGCAGCGGAGUUGUCCAUACUGGACGAGCAAGGCAGCAGGGUUAACCUCAGGAGGCCUGCCUCCAUGACGUUCCUCCUGAAGGAUUACAUGGAGCAGCUGGGCGUGGGUGAGACUCUGGCAGCGUACUACUUCGAUGAGGAGCAAGGCAAGUGGAUCAAGGAUGGUACGGGCACGAUCACGGAUAGCGCAGACGGACCCUCCUGGACCUACGACACCGACCACUUCACUUGGUGGAUCGUUGCCUUCCUGUACAGUCCAACUAAAUGUCUGACGGUCAGGACUUGCUACGAUGCUGGCUGCACGCGACCGGCUACGCAGAUACCCAUCAUAAUUUACGGAGAGAACUUCUUCCUGUAUGAAGAAUACAUGACAGGGGCGUCGGGCUCCAUCUGCGCCAACGUCUUGAGCGACAGAAUGAGUGAAGUGCACGUGCUGCAGAACUGCACUGGGGAAUCGCAACUGGUGAACGGCAGUAUGGCCCGGGACGCGCAGUGCAAUGACGGAAGCGACGGCUGCGAAGUUGUCACCUUCAUCAUACCCGAAGAUGUGUCUGGAGUGUGCCCCAACCCUGGCGAGCCCCAGAACGGCGUGCGCUCAGGCAACAGCUUCGGCCUGGGCGAUCAAGUCUCAUUCUUCUGCGACCCCGCCUACCGGGUCAAGGGCAACUCGCAGCGUCUGUGCCAGCAGUGUGGCAAGUGGAGCGGGUUCCAACCUUUCUGCACGCUGGCCAACGAGGGCAGCGACAGCUCCUUUGGCAGCGGCGACAGCUCCAUUUAAACAAAAAAGAAAGAGGUCCGAAACCAGACCCUUCCGGUCGUCAUGCAGUGUCGGGGUAAUAGGUUAAAUCUCGGUAACGCAGUUUGUGAAGUACCCGGAACAGACACAUUCAGCCACCUCAAAUUACAAGUCAUUACUGUGGUGAAAGCAUGCUCACUCGCAGGUCGUACGCGUGCACUCAAUGCUAUGUCAACCGAAAUGGUUACCACAAAAACAUCUACGAAAACGUGCGAGUGUGGUUCAUCUUGAGUAAUGGCUUGCAAUUCGCAGAAUUUGCCUAUACAAAAAAAAAACAGAGCAGCAUGCUUCCACUACCUUGAGACUCAAACCACCUGUGCCAAUGGAUGGAGAAUCUUUUUAGAAGAAAUAUGAUAGCAAGAUCUCCCGAUUCGGUCCAGUAGUUUUUGCUGCAGAGCCUAUUUUAUGAAGCACACAUCUUUCAUGUGAGUACUGUUACAUAACAAUUAAUCCCUCUGUCCAAUUAACUCACGCGGUUUAGUAAUUCAUCAGGACAAAAUGACUCCAAAUUUUGUUUCACAAACUAGGCUCUAGAACAAAAACUACUGGACCGAAUCGGGCGAUCUUGCUAUCAUUUUUCUUUCAACAGAAUUCCCCAUGCAUUGGCAUAGGUUGUUUGAGUCUCAGGGUGGUGGAAGUACGCUGUUCCAUUUAGGGCCACCCUAUAGACCAUUUGAUCUACCACACCAAUAGGUUUCCAAAAUAAAAAACGACACCCAAGCAUCUCGCUCAAUAUGACAGAGUAAACGUCUAUAUUUUUGAACCACCCAUAUUUUCAAGUGAUAGACAAUUUAGUGCGCAGCAAAUAAUAAGUUUAGCGAAAGUUGGUUUUUGCUUGACCACAGCGUCCGCAUGAACAAAUGGUCACGUGAAAUCUUUGACAGCGUUUAAGAACAGCGAUUGCUGAAUGGGAAAAGCAGUCUUGAAAUCAACCGUAGAUUUCACAGAAAAAAAACAACAAUAACAAACCCAAUCAGUAUCAUCUUUUUAACAAAUGUGAGCAAUUUUGACUUUCCAUGGCACCUUAUUUACAGAGGCAAGGCAUUUAUGACGGGGGGAAAAAAUCACUUAAUAUUAGUAUAAUUCUACGUAGUUGCAGAUCCGGAACGUAAAGUUCGAAACCCUGACAUGUGUGUGCUAUAUGCCUUGCAUCUAAGGAAAACUUCUGACUAUAUAUUAAAAUGCAACUAACAUAUUUAGGAGGUAUAUAUAUUUGACAAGUAAUUCUAAUUUUAAGAAGUCGCGUGUUUACGCUUUAAUGUUGUUUCUAGACUUUAUUAGAACGAUUGGCCGUGCUCUUUAAGUUAACAAAUGAAGACAUUAACGUUUAAGGUUUAUAGAAUGCCAUUAUGUUUAUCUCAUGUCUGGACGAAAACAUUUUAAUGGAUGAAUAUUAAUUAGCCCAUAAAUGUCCCCUCACAGUGGGUUUUCAUCAUCAUUAUCAAGUCUCAUUGUAAAAUUUCUUAAGUUGAAUAGCAUUUAUAUCUUGAAGCGCAAAUUGUCUACUCAUUUCUCUAAAGCACUUGCACUAAUUUCUCAAUGAUUUGUCGUUCGACAACUCCUUAAAAUGUGAAUGACACCUGCUAACCAUUUUUGAGAAAAAA